CAACUUUUGUCUCAUAAGUUCACGCAAUUAAUUUUUCCCUCGUUGCUGAAAUUGUGCACAUGACUUCUCCCGAUACCGCUCCACUGACAGGCCAGGAAAUAGCUUCUGCUGCCUAUGUUCUGCCACCUCUUCAGCCACAAGGGCUAUCUCUUGGUAUCGUUGCAGUGUCAAUUCUACUUGCUAUUAUUACCUUGCUUGUUGCUUGUCUUCGCAUCUGGGUGCGAUUGGGUCUGUUGACAGGCCUCACGAGGGUUUGGAAGACGGAGGACUAUCUCUUCGUCCUUGCAUUGGUACCUUUCAUACCUUCAGUUGUUUGGGCUAUUAUUGCCGUUCAUUAUGGUGUCGGUUUGCGGGAUGCAGAUCUGCCCUCUUCGCUCUACGCUGUUCGCGCUGGCGAAUACAUCGUGUAUUGGGAAGUCAUGUACUUCGUCUCCUCAACUUUGAUCAAAAGCGCCAUCGGGUUCACCUGCAUUCGCAUAGAUCAACGAAAACGAGUGACCUAUCCAGUUCUCCUGAACAUUUUCAUCAUGUGGCUCACUGCCGCACUUGCCCUAAUGUUUGUAUUUGUCAACUGCAGACCUCUAGCAGCUACCUGGAACCCCGCUUUAGGUACCUGUCAACAGAUGAUCAGUUUGGAGACCGUCAGCUAUAUUGUGUCAGCAGUCCAGGCAUUGACGGAUUGGGUAUCUGCCUUUGUCCCAUGCUACAUUGUCUCCAAACUACAGAUGCCUCGCCGAACGAAAAUCACCAUCGUCUUCAUCCUCGGUCUAGGUAUCCUUGCCAGCAUCGCUACUAUCAUACGCUUGCCUUAUCUGAAAUACUACAAUACCGCCAAGUACCCAAAAGACUUUCUCUUUCAUGUUGGUGUCAUCGUAAUGUGCUCCAACGCAGAGUGUAGUCUUGGCAUCAUCGCAUGUUCUCUUCCGCCGCUCCGAAAGUUACUCAAGAUGUUUUAUGAACAUUGGAGCAGCUACAAACGAGGCGCUCAGGAUUACGAUGUUCGUAAUAGCGGCAUGAUAUUGGGUCCGUUGCAUCCUCAAUCAGACGGUCUUUCAUCAACCCGAGCGGCUGCGAGGAAUGAAAUUUGGCAUACACUGGAUAAUGACGACUCGAGCCGAAAGGGGAUUUUACAAUAAUUUCGCGAUACCAUGCUAGCUGAACUGCGAUAUCUCAAAUCGAUUUUCUACAGUUAAAUAUUACAGCGAUUUGGCUGUUCAAAGUGUCUACGCCGC